AUGUUGCCUACAGGAACAAAACGGUUAAAUGCAAACACUAGACCAGUAACUUCUGCUAAGCAAUCCUCAGUCAAGGGACCGUAUGGUAAGAAUCCGGGAUGCACAACAAGCUGUGGCUUGAGGCUACCGAGGAAAACAGAAGUUACUGCAGCAAGACUGAUCAACCAUCUCAGCUCUAAAUUUGUCAAGGGGUUACGUCUAGUGGUGAUGAGGAAGAAGAAGAAGAAGAGAUCUCCACCAUCGAAGGCUUCUUCCACCGGUAGAUCUCAGACUUCGGUUAUCUCUGUCGCUAAUGAUAAUACCUGUAGAUCAGAGGCUAUAGAAGACUGCAUACAGUUCAUAAACUCAUCGACCUCGUUCACACGAUCAACUUCUGCCACUGGCCGUACAUCUUGAGUUUUUAGUCAUGCCCAUGAAUUUUCGAAGAUUCUCGUUCUUGGUAACCCGUUGGUUAAGCUAUAGCAUAUUAGAGAGUUGCAUGUAAUCUCUAAGAUAAAAGUAAAAUAUAUAGAGCAGAGUAGAAAUAUGUAUAAGUGUGACCUUGAGAAUCUUUUGCUUAGUGUAUGUACAAAAUCUUAUC